GGGAUCGCACCGCUCUACCGGAGACGCUGACACGUGGGCCCGGGUCGAUCCGGCCCCACCUGUCAGUGAAGUGUAAACCCGACGCGUGUUACUUGCGAAAGGGUCCAGGAGGAAAAUAUCUCCCGGCCCAGCCCACCGGUGGAAUUGAGCCCAUCUGGAAAGCAAUCGUCGUCUCCGGCGAGUGCGAGAGCGAGAGUCCCGGCGCGCGAAACACUUGUCGCGCGCGAAGCCAUUGGAGAGGAAGGACAUAGCUGAGAUCGCGGUGGCGCCUCGGAAGAAGAAGGAAGCAUUGCGCGUGUGUGGAGGAGGAGGAGGUAUCAGGGAUGCAGGCGAGGAGGGAGGUGAGGACGAAGGAGGAGCAAUGGCGGGGGGAGGAGAGGGUGGUGGAGAGCCCGCUGGGGAGCGCACGGUGGAGCCCGGAGGCGGAGAUCGGGAUGAGGGUGGAGGACAUCUGGGACAGCCUGGACCAGCCGCAGCUGAGCGACCGGGACCGGCUCAACAGCUGCUUCGACGCCAUCCCGGUGGCGUCGUUCCCGCACACGUUCGACGGCGCGCAGGUGGUCGAGAUCCCCUCCGACGCCACGCUCGCCGAGGCCGUCGACAUCCUGUCGCGCCACCGGAUCAUCACCGCCCCCGUCCGCAACGUCGACGCCCCCGACGACGCCAGCUGGAUCGACCGCUACAUCGGCGUCGUCGAGUUCGCCGGCAUCGCCGUCUGGCUGCUCCACCAGUCCGAGGCCGCCGCCGCCAGGGCCGACGACCUCGGCGCCGACGAGCUGGCGGCCAAGCUCGGCACCGUCGCGCUUGAGGGCGCCGCCGCCGCGAGGGCGCCCGACCAGCAGCAGUCGGCGGAGGGGGCGGUCGCGGAGGCGUUCGGCGCGCUGCCGUCGUCGGACCUGUUCAACAAGACGAAGGUGAAGGACAUCUCCGGGUCGUUCCGGUGGGCGCCAUUCCUGGCGCUGCAGAGCUCGGACACGUUCCUGACGAUGCUGCUGCUGCUGUCCAAGUACCGGAUGAAGAGCCUCCCCGUGGUGGACAUCGGCGAGGGCACCAUCAGCAACGUCAUCACGCAGGCCGCCGUGGUGCACAUGCUCGCCGAGUGCGCGGGGCUCCACUGGUUCGAGGACUGGGGCGCCAAGUCGCUCACCGAGCUCGGCCUCCCCAUGAUACGCCCCAGCCGCCUCGUCAAGGUCCGCCACGACGAGCCGGCGCUCAAGGCAUUCCGCCUCAUGCGCAAGCGCGGCGUCGGCGGCAUCCCCGUCGUCGACCACGCCGGCAAGCCCACCGGCAGCAUCAUGAUCAAGGACGUCAAGCAUCUCCUCGCCUCCUCUGACGCCAACAGGGACUACAGGACGCUGACGGCGCAAGAGUUCAUCGCGAAUGCGAGGCAGAGUUCAGGCGAGAAGCAGAUGAACAUCGUGACCUGCAAGAAGGAGGAGAGCAUAAAGGAGAUCAUCUUCAAGCUGGAUGCAGAGAAGAGGCAGAGGAUCUACGUCGUGGACGAGCAAGGCAACCUGGAUGGGCUCAUCACUCUCAGAGACAUAAUCGCCAAGCUGGUGUACGAGCCGCCUGGCUACUUUGGGGACUUCUUCAAUGGCGUUUUCCCUCUACCUCAGAACAGCAGGGUCUGAAAACCAAAACAUUUUCAUUAGUCCAAAUUAAAUCAGGUUUCUUUUUUAUCACUUCAUUCUUUCGAUCCGGUCCUUUUGUGUAGUAUGUGAUGUUUCUUUCUUUGCAAUUUCCUCCUUUUACCCUCUAGAAAGAUCACCUUAGUUUGUUUGUGUUACAAUGUGACUAAUGCAUAGCUAGCUUAUCAUAAUGCUUCCACAUGUGGAACACCAAGGUUCUAUUCAUGUUUUAAAAAGACGCACCUGGAAAUCUGGAAUGAGACUCUGACAAUGCCAGCAAAAUUCCUGCUCAUUUGUAUCAUGAAGGCAACAGAAGACAAGAUACCAAUAAUAAUUGAUGAAAACUGCACCCGAUUACAUCAGUUCAUGAAUUGAUGGAUUAGGAGUCGUAGCAGAAGGUAUAAUGAAAUUGCAACACCACUUCAUGAUCAGAGAUUGACAAGUACAUGAUGAUAGGAGCAAUGUAGUAAUUUACUAUGGUCUCCUUUUUUAUCAGCAACAAACUAUACUGCACAUAACAAAUGGCUGUAUUGAUAUAACUACUGGUAUGAAUUGUACAUAAAAAAUGCCAAGCACCAACCAUUCUUUCGAUGUCAAACAAGUCACGAGAUGUUACAAUCAACAAAAGAUGAGAAAAAAAAAUGUAAGAAUUACACAGCUCAUGGUAGUGUCCAGUGUCCUAAAUUUCAUGUCGAACCUUGAUAUAGUCAGCACCU